UAGCACCACACUUCAAAGUUUUGGUCUGGUUGCUAUGGUUACCGCGUCACAACAUAGCUUAAGUGUAAAGUCAUUAAGUUCAUAUUGAAUUAAAAAUUAAACGAAACUGGCAGUUAUAAUUUUGUUUUUAUAAAUUGUGAUCAAUAGAAACUUAGAUUUAUUGACCAUGUUAAGUUCACGAUACUACAGCGCGUCGCGUCUGGGCACGGAUUCAAAACCUCGGACCGCGAUAGUGGUAGACGAAGACGACGAGUUAUAUAGUGGUUUCAAUGAGGUGGCUCCGGCACUGGACACUCGCAACCUGAGGGAUGACCACGCCUUCCAGGAGACGUUGCGGACUGCCGGCAUUGGGAAGAAGGCGCCCAGCCGAAUGGGGACAGGGAUGUUCCGGUUGGGCACUGUAGGGGGAAGGGCGGUUAGCUCGCGAGGCGGCGCGGGCGCACGACCUGUUACUGCGGUUCGCGCCGCUGGAUACACGCGUGCCGCUCGUGACACGCCCACCAAAGACGAUAAGAAGGAUGAAAGUAUCGAGGAGAAAGUCAAGCAAAUGGAAGCUCGUAUAAUGACACUCGUAGAGGAGUCAUGCAUGUUGAGCGCUCGCCCCGACCCUGACGAUGAUACCGCUGUCAAGAGGGAUUAUGACUUAGGACAGGCGCUAGCGAAAGCACAAGAAGCUUCAGCACUGGAACGUCAGCUGAUUCGAAUGCAGGAACACGCCAACCUUGGUGAUAGCCAUAAUUUGGAUUUGACUUUUGCUGUUCUGUGCAACUUAGCAGGACAAUAUGCAUUAAAUGAGAUGUAUACAGAGGCUUUAAAUACUUACCAACUACUUACAAGAAAUAAAUUAUUUCCACAUGCAAAUCGUUUGAAGGUAAACAUGGGAAAUAUUUAUUUCAAAAUGGGUGAACACCCAAAAGCGUUAAAAUUAUAUCGGAUGGCUUUGGAUCAAACACCAACUGCUGAAAAAGACUUAAGAAUGAAAGUGAUGCACAACAUCGGCUUGUUAUUGGUGCGCAUGGGCAAAUUUCGAGAUGCUGUUACCAAUUUUCAACACAUCAUGCAUGAACAAGGCGAUUUCCAAACAGGUCUACAUUUAGUGCUAUGUUCAGUGGCUUUGAGUGAUCCGGAAGGCGGAAAAGCGGCUUUCCACGCUAUGCUUGAUGUAGAACCACCCACAUGUCAUCAAGAUAUUCCUAUUGAUGACGAGAAUGACGCAUACGAAUGCGUGCUCCGCGACGUGAUACGGGGCGAUCGUUUGUCGCGGUGGUGUCGUCGCGCGGCCGCGGACGCUGAGCGAUGUCUCGCGCUCGCGGCCGCCGCGCUAGUGCGCCCCGCCUCCAGGGACGACGAUACUGGUGGUAUGUCAUGGUGUGUGGAAGCCCUACGAGGCUACAGCGGUGGCGGUGCAGGGGCCCGGCUAGAGCUGGGGGGAGCCCUAGCUGCUUUGAGAGCGGCGCGUGCUCAUUCGCCGGCGGUCGCGACCGGAAUGAAGACGUUACAAAGAUUGAAGGCAGUCGCACGUGCACAUCCCAAUGAUAGGGUGUUGAAGGCUGAGGCUAAUGCCGACGCGGCGUUUGUGGCGUAUGCAUUGGGCAACUGGUCGGAGGCGCGUCAGUUGAGCGGUCUGGCGUCACGUGACGACCCGUACGGUUGCGCGGCGCGCGUGACCGGCGCGCUCGCGGCCGCCGCGGAGGAGUGCUCGCCGCCCGCGUGGCACCACGCCGCGCAGCAACUGGCCGCCGCCACGCAUCUCGACCCCGCCGACCUCGUGGCCAUGCAUGACCUCGCGUUGGCCCUCGAGAAGAGUGGGAGCGAGGGUUCCCUGGAGGCGGCGGAGGCGCGGUGGGCGCGGGUGCGGGGGUCGCGGGGGGCGGGGGCGACGCUGCGCGCGCUCUCCGCCGCGGGCCUGGCGCGGGCGGCGCGCGCACGCGGCCCCGACCCCGCCGCCGCCGACCACUGGUAUAGCAUGAUCGGAACCUGGGACGUCGGAGUAACGUGUGCUCUGGCGCAGCUACAUAGUGAGAUGGGGGACAUGCAGACCGCGAAACAUCAUUAUCAAGAUGUGGAGGCAGUGUGGCCUUGCGAAAUAUCGGCCUUAGAGUGGCUCGCUAGUGAAUCACCACCAGACAUCGCUAUACAAUAUUAUAGAAAAGCUGCUCGAUUGCAACCCGGAAAUGUAACUACAACUAUUAGUCCACGAUGGGGACUUCUAAUGGGCGGAUGUUUGAGGGCCAGUGGCCGCUACCAGGAGGCGCUCGUGCUGUAUAAGAAGAUGAACGCCCGUUUCCCAGACAACGUUCAAUGUUUAAAGUUAAUAGUAAAACUUUGCGGGGAUCAAGGACUGUCCGAGACCAGUGCGUGGAAUAAAGAACUGCAGCGUGCUCAAGCAAGAGUGAAGCAACAGGAAAGAGUUGCUGUCACCUCAGCUGGAAGUGGAUCGUCUGGUGCCAGUCAAUCUCCCAUAGACCAGAUCAGAGAUGGCAACACCCUGACACCGGCACGAGCCACACGGCCACGAGUCAUAGAACCAAUAAACAUUGCUGGAACAUCCCGUGGUAGCAGCGCUGCUCAAGCGCCGCCCCCCACAGCGUCCGGCGCGCGCCACUCUAGUGGCGGGCGGGCCGAUAGCGGCUACUCGAGAACCAACACAUACACCGAGGACACAUCACAAGACAGCGUGUAUAUCGUAAACAGAUCAAUCACUCGACCGGAAGGCAGGAAGAAACAAGCCGACGAUUUUGACGAUGAAUUGCCCUUACCGCCUGAAUAA